AUGGCCGCCCGGGACGCCGCCUCGGCCUGCAGCGCCGACGCCUUCGCGCUGCGGCACCUGCACCUGGCGCUGCGCGUGGCCUUCGAGGCGCCGGGCGGCGGCGGCUUGCGGGGCUCGGUGCGCCUGGAGCUGCGCUGCCUGCGCGACGGCGCCGCCGAGCUCGUGCUGGACGCGCACCCCAGCCUGGAGGUGGAGGGCGCCGCGCUGGCGCCGCCGCCGGGGAGCCCCCGCGCCGGAGCGCCGCGCCCGCUCGCCUUCCGCCACCGCCCCUUCGCCAGCUACGGCUCGGCGCUGCACGUCGCCCUGCCCGAGCCGCUGAGCUGCGGGGACGCGCUGGUGCUGGAGAUCGCCUACCGGGCCGGCGGGGGCCCCGGGGUGUGUUGGCUUACUCCUGAGCAGACAGCAGGCAAGCAGAAGCCUUAUAUGUACACCCAAGGCCAAGCUGUUCUCAAUAGGUCCUUUUUCCCUUGCUUUGACACCCCUGCAGUUAAAAGCACGUACUCAGCUGUAAUAAAGGUCCCUGAUGGUUUCACCGCGGUGAUGAGUGCGAUUACCUGGGAGAAGCAGAAGGACAACACUUUCCUCUUCAAGAUGCCACAUCCUAUCCCAUCCUACUUGGUUGCCUUGGUUGUUGGGGACAUAGUUUCUGCUGAGGUGGGACCCAGGAGCCGUGUAUGGGCUGAGCCGUGCCUGAUUGAGGCUGCUAAGAAAGAAUAUGAUGGUGUGAUCGAAGAAUUUCUCACCACUGGAGAGAAGCUGUUUGGACCAUAUGUUUGGGAAAGGUACGAUGUCCUAUUUAUGCCACCCUCAUUCCCUUUUGGGGGGAUGGAGAACCCUUGUAUCACCUUUGUCACUCCCUGUCUCUUGGCUGGAGAUCGUUCCUUGGCAGAUGUGAUCAUCCAUGAGAUCUCCCAUAGCUGGUUUGGAAAUCUGGUCACCAAUGCCCAUUGGGGGGAGUUCUGGCUGAACGAAGGAUUUACCAUGUAUGCACAGAGGAGGAUAACUAAAGAAAUCUAUGGUGCUGCUUAUACCUGCUUGGAAGCUGCUACAGGGAGGGCUUUGUUGCGCCAACACAUGGACAACACUGGGGAAGAUCAUCCUCUCAACAAGCUCAGAGUCAUACUAGAACCAGGCGUUGAUCCUGAAGACACCUACAAUGAGACCCCUUAUGAAAAGGGCUACUGCUUUGUCUCCUACCUCGCACACCUUGUGGGGGACCAGAGCAAGUUCGAUGCUUUCCUUCAGGCCUAUGUGAACCAGUUCAAGUUUCAGAGCAUCACAGCCGAUGAUGCUUUGGAGUUUUACCUGAAGUAUUUUCCAGAACUGAAGAAGAAAGGGGUGGAUACCAUUCCAGGCUUUGAGUUUGACCGGUGGCUGAACACACCUGGCUGGCCCCCGUACCUUCCUGACCUUUCACCCGGAGAAGAGCUGAUGAAGCCAGCUGAGAAGUUGGCAGAACUGUGGGCAUCUCGUGAUCACAAUAUGGAGGCAAUUAAAGCGGUGGAUAUCUCUGCUUGGAAAACCUUCCAGCUGGUCUAUUUCUUGGAUAAAGUCUUGGGGAAAUCCCCUUUGCCAGAUGGGAACACUGAGAAGAUGAGCAACCUGUACCCCAAGAUCUCCAAAGCACAGAAUGCAGAGCUGCGUCUUCGGUGGUGCCAGAUUCUCCUCAAGAAUAAUCAUGAUGCUGAGUUUGACAAAGUGAAAGACUUCCUUCACAGCCAGGGAAAGCAGAAAUACACCCUUCCCAUCUACCGAGCCAUGGUGAGUGGUUCAGAGAGUGCCCGGGCUCUGGCUGUAGAGACAUUCUCUGCCACAGCACCGCAACUCCAUGUUAACGUCCAGAACUAUGUCAAAAAGAUCUUGGGCUUGAAGGCUGAAGAAAACUAACAGGAAGAAUCACAAAGCCAAAGUCUGUUCUUGGAGCAUCAGCAAAUGUCUGUAUUG